AUGUCCGAUAUUUAUACAGUACAGAAACUUGUGGCUUUUCGUUAUAAUGGAAAAACCCCAGAAUGGCGCGUGCGCUGGCAGGGCUACGGCCCCAAGGACGACACUUGGGAGUCUCGAAAGAAUCUGCUUAUGGACAGCAGGUUUGCCUUCAAACACCAAAUGGAGCGAAUGGAGAGAGAGUACUUAGCUAAAAGGGCACAGCGAAAAGCAUUACGAGGGGGAUCGACUCAAACAAAUGCAAGAGAAGACGGAGCUGCACUGCAAACAGGCACUUCAGAUGGACCUGUUUUUGUCCACGAAACUGAUACGGCGCACGAGAGCAGCAGCUACAGCAGCUGCAGCAGCAGCAGCGGCUAUACCAGCAGCAGCUCGGAGUUCAGCUGUCCAAAGCAGAGUAGCAGCAGCAGCAGCAGUAGCAGCAGCAGUAGCAGAAGUGAUGGAGAGGACUUCGUAACGGAUUCAGACAACAGUUCUGUUGCUUCUCCUCCACGUCUUGCAAAGGGGCGCACCAGACAGAAAAGACCAGUGCGCGGCAGGCGGCGGUGUAUAGACAGCUUGUUGCAGAAAAGAAAAAAGGGUCUGCUGCCUCAAACAGUAGACUCAGGCCUCCCGGCUUCUUCGUCUAGUGAUCGCGAAACUGAGAACCCCCCUCACCACACUUGGGGUGGUGGCAAGGUUCGAAGGGGAGCCCCCUCUUCAAACCUUCCCUGUGCCCAACAGGGGCCCGCAGAUACUGCCGUUAGUGGCUGCCGGGGGGCCCGUCAAUCUCCAAGGAAGAACGUAGCCGUGGGUACAGGAAAGAAAUUGAAGCGCUUAAGACUGACGGGGGAGAAAGAGGCUGGGGGGCCCCCCCAGGCUGGCAGCCGUUCAGAUGAGUCGGGGCCUCCAACAAGCUCAUGGAGGUCUUCUUCUGAAAGGGAGACAGGAGGGGGCCCCCUUCCUGUGGGGCUCACAGGGUGGACGGUUACUGACCCAAGUGAUGAAGACCUGGGGCCACCUUUUCUUCAGGGGGCCCCCUUGCAAAGCGUUCGUCCAGCGGAGCACAGCGUGCAGCAGCAGUAUGGUUGGGGGCCUUUCCCUGGGGAAGGGCCCCCUGUGGGGCCCCCUGUUUCUUCUUCGCUCUUCAUAUCCCCUGUCUCCUUUAACACUGCAGCAGGGGAGGUGGCCACUCCUGUUGCAGAGACACCCAUGUGCCCAGGAAGUGACCGAGGGUGGGGGGCUGCUUCGGGGGGGGCAGGAGGGGGCCCCAGCGGUGUAGUUGCAUGCGUGCCCUUUAGAAACGAUGUUGCGAUGAGGGGCCCCCCAUCGGCUUCAUGGGGAGUUGAUGGGGGAUUUCAGGGGCCCCUGACGACGCCGGCAACAGGGGGGCCACCGGGGGUCCUGGGGGGCCCCCCUGACGGCUCCGCAAUAGCUCAGAGGGCAGUAGCCUCCCCCUACUGCAAGGAAGGGGCGCUGUGCAUGCAGGAAAUAGGGCCCCCUCUGGCUUUAGCUGGAGAUGGGUGGGGGGCCCCUCCCAGUGCAGCUGCUUUGAGCGCCCCAGGAGGGUCUACUACUGCAGUGUCUUUGGGGCCCCCGCACCCGCAGCCUGCUGUCAGCAUUUCAGUUGCAGCAACAGAAGAUAGCUUGAGAAGUUUAGGGGAGAAAAUGAAGCGUCCUGCAGACUUAUUCCGAGCUAGCCCUCUGGGGUUCUCUCCAGGACUAGCAAACAAGUACCCAUGCGAGAAUCUGUUUCCUGGUAGGGUUCAGGUUUUGAAGAUUGUGAGGGGGGAGGCGGCGGGAGAUGGUGGUGUUCGUGGUGGGGUUGUUCACUACGUGAUUGCUGCUGCACCUGGUGCUGCUGGUGCAGCAGACCCUAGCAAAAAUCUAUGCGGCACCUGUUCAAUAUCGGAGGCCCGCCGCUUUUGUCCGGGGGCCCUCUGCGAUUAUUUACUUCGCAAGGCCCUCUUUAAAAGUGGGGAGAAGCAAAUGCAGCAACACACUCAAACACAAAUACAGACACCAGCACACGCACAGCGCAUGCAAUCAACGGGGCCCCCCGAACAGCAACAGCAACAGCAACAGCAGGAAGCACCCUUUGCGGGUACGGGGCCCCUUCCCAUCGAAGACACGCACGGACGGGACACCGCUUCAAACAUACAGGAGCGCACAUGCAGCAGUAGCAAUACUGCAACCGUCAACAACGGCAGCAGCAACUGCAUCAGCAACGGCAGCAGCAACUGCAACAGCAACGGCAGCAGCAACUGCAGCAGCAACGGCUUCAAAGAUGCCGCUGCGCCUUUGCAACCGACCGUUGAGGUAAACAAAAGCUAG